GGUUGCCAGCUGUCGCUCAGAUUAGACCCCUAACCUGGGAACCUCCAUACGCCGCGGGUGCAGCCCUAAAAAGACAAAAAUAAAUAAAUAAAUAAAAAAAAUCACACUUUUUAACCUUCAAUGACUUAUUUUUAUCUAGUCAAAAAAGUGUGAGGCAGUGUCCAAGAAUGAUUUCAAAGUUGUGACGCAGAGGAGAGACUUUAAAAAAAACUAUUCUGAAUUAAUAAAUACCCAUCCAUGAACAUUGUUGCAUUAAUUCACAGUUUCUUAAAAUUUAUUUUUAAGUGAUAAUCAGAUAUGUAUUAGUUGAAGAAAUAAAAAUGGGAGGACUUUGAAAGAUAAAAUAACUUUCUGCACAAUCAGUUACUGCGCUUCAGUGUGGUGCAGUAACUUAGUAAGGACUCUGAGCGCCGCUGUUCACCAACCAGGGGAAAAUGGUUCAAAAGAUCCGUCAGAACCACUGAGCUUUUACAGCACAAAGAAACGCCAGAUUGAAACAAACUCUUCCAAGCUGCAAUAAACUCGGGCUCUAUACUCCUGGAUUCUGGGCUCCUUUUCCGAAUACCGAGCGCUCCACGCAGACAUACGGGCGUCCAGAAGCGCGACAGGAAGAGGCCAGUGUCUAGAGACCAGCAGGACAAGAAUGGCGGCUCCGCAGAGGGCUGGGGACUGCAGGGGACUCCUCCUGCUCUCCAUCCUCCUGGGCGCCCAGAGCAGAGUUUGGGCAGGACGCAUUCUCUACUCCGUGCCGGAGGAGACAGACCCUGGGUCUUUUGUGGGUAAUGUCGCCAAGGAUCUGGGGCUGGAGCCCCGCGAGCUGGGGGAGCGCGGAGUCCGCAUCGUCUCCAAAGGUAGGACGCAGCUUUUUGCUCAACCGCGAAGCGGCAGCCUGGUCACCGCGGGCCGCAUAGACCGGGAGGAGCUCUGCGCCCAGAGCGCGCGGUGCCUGGUGAACUUUAACAUCCUGAUGGAAGAUAAAAUGAAUCUUUAUCCUAUAGAAGUGGAAAUAAUGGAUGUUAAUGACAACGCUCCUAAAUUCUUGACAGAAGAAAUGGAUGUGAAAAUAAUGGAGAAUACAGCUCCUGGGGUGCGAUUUCCAUUAAAUGAGGCUAGGGAUCUAGAUGUGGGCACGAACUCUCUCCAGAGCUACCGUCUCAACCCCAAUCACCACUUCUCCCUGGUCGUGCAAACUGGAGACGAUGGAACUAAAUAUCCGGAAUUAGUACUGGAGCGGGCGCUGGACCGGGAGGAAGUGGCAGCUCACCACCUCCUCCUCACAGCCUCUGACGGCGGCGACCCGCCCCGAUCUGGGACAGCCCGUGUCCAAGUAACAGUGGUGGACGUGAAUGAUCACGCACCAAUCUUCUCUUCACCCCAGUACCAAGUAACUGUCCCUGAGAACGUGCCAGUGGGCACAAGACUGCUCACGGUAAACGCUGUCGACCUGGAUGAGGGAGUCAAUGGGGAAGUGACAUAUUCUUUUCGGAAAAAAACUCCAAAAAUUCUACAGAUAUUCCAGCUGAACUCCCACACUGGAGAACUGUCAACUUUAGAUGGCCUAGAUUAUGAAGACUCUAGCUACUAUGAAAUGGAAGUUCAAGCUCAGGAUGGUCCUGGUAGUAUGACCAGGGCUAAAGUCCUGGUCACAAUUUUAGAUGUGAAUGACCAUGCCCCAGAAGUGACGCUAACAUCUGUGAGCAGCUCGAUUCCUGAAGACACUCCUCCCGGAACAGUGAUUGCUCUUUUCUAUCUUCAAGACCGAGAUUCAGGGAAGAAUGGCCAGGUGACCUGCACUAUUUCAGAAGAUCUGCCUUUUAAAUUAGAAAGAUCAAUAGACAAUUACUACAGAUUGAUGACAGCAAAAAACUUAGACCGGGAAAAUUUCUCUGUGUAUAACAUCACACUGAAAGCCACAGAUGGUGGAAGCCCACCUUUAUCCACGGAAACUCACGUUUCCACUGUGGCAGACACCAACGACAACCCACCUACCUUCCUCCACUCCUCCUACUCUGUCUAUGUCCCUGAGAACAACCCCAGAGGUACCUCCAUAUUCUCCGUGACUGCAUAUGACCCUGACAGCAAUGAGAACGCCCGAGUCGUGUACUCCUUGUCUGAAGACACUCUCCAGGGACCGUCUGUAUCCUCCUAUGUCUCCAUCAACUCUGACACUGGGGUCCUAUAUGUAUUACACUCCUUCGACUAUGAGCAGUUUCGUGACCUGCAGUUGAGAGUGAUUGCGAGUGACAGUGGGGACCCACCCCUCAGCAGCAAUGUGUCUCUGAGCAUAUUUGUGCUGGAUCAGAAUGACAACACGCCUGAAAUCCUGUACCCCGCCCUCCCCACGGAUGGCUCCACGGGUGUAGAGCUGGCACCCCGCUCCGCAGAGCCCGGCUACCUGGUGACCAAGGUGGUGGCGGUGGACAGAGACUCGGGCCAGAACGCCUGGCUGUCCUACCUGCUCAAGGCCAGCGAGCCCGGGCUCUUCGCGGUGGGGCUGCACACGGGCGAGGUGCGCACAGCGCGGGCCCUGCUGGACAGAGACGCCCUCAAGCAGAGCCUGGUGGUGGCGGUCCAGGACCACGGCCAGCCCCCCCUCUCGGCCACCGUCACGCUCACCGUGGCCGUGGCAGACAGCAUCCCCGACGUCCUGGCUGACCUGGAUAACCUCGAAUCUCCUGCCACCCCGAUGACUCAGGCCUCACGCUGUACCUGGUGGUGGCGGUGGCCGCGGUCUCCUGUGUCUUCCUGGCCUUUGUCAUCGUGCUGCUGGCGCUCAGGCUGAGGCGCUGGCACCUGUCGCGUGUGCUGCAGGCGUCAGGAGGCGGACUGGGUGGCGUGCCCGCGUCCCACUUCGUGGGCGUGGACGGGGUGCGGGCUUUCCUGCAGACCUAUUCGCACGAGGUGUCGCUCACCGCG